ACAAUAGUCUCAUUCUGACAGAUAAUGUCAUGUUGGCAGCAUUUGUUCAGACCUGAAACAUUUUCUGAAAUACUCUGAUCUAAGUACUCUCUCGAGCAUACAGUCUCUUCAUUUGGACAAAAAACAUUAUUUUUGGAUAAAUUCGACAUCAUCUCUCGUCAUGUGUGAGUGGUAGCUCUCCGUCCGGCGUUUCCAUGCAACAGCGCAGGCGGCUGUGAAGCCACGAAGCACGCUGAGGGAUAGAUGCUGACGGCUCUGUAGCUCUGUUUUGGGUCUGUGAAGGAACCCCGUGCGCCUUUUAAAAAAAAAAAAAAACCCCAAUGGAGCGUCAAGCUGAUGGAGAUAAACCGGUUGGGAGCGUAAAGCAGUACGAUAGCGCAGAGGAGCCCGGUUCUCCUCCCCUGGCCUGUGAGCUCGAAGGCAGCCCGCAGCAGGAGGAGCACUCCAUGAUGAUGAGGAACGACCACUACCUGCCAGUCCCUGGGGAAGAGAAAAACCUGGAUGGAGACUUCGCCAAUAAAAAUGCUGGAAGCAACGUGUCCAUACCACUGAAAAAUCUUUAUGCCAAUGAUGGCUCGCCUCUGCAUCGGCUCGGCCCGUACUUCUCUGACGGCCAGCGGCGGGUGGAUUACGUGCUGGCGUACGACAUCCAGAAGCCAAAUAGCAUCCGGCGACGGUCGGCCAAGUUUGGAGAAAACAACUUUGUCAGACGGCUUCGGCGCAGCCUGAGCAUGAGAAGUAGCAGAGCCCCGCUGCAGCCAAAGGAGGACCCGGAGAUCGCUGCCCAGGAUCAUCGGACUGAUAAUUCCGAGGAUGACAAGCGCUUCAAGAGGGAAGAGUUUGAGGAAAACCUCCUGGAGACGGGACUGGAGCUGGAAAAAGAUGAAGGGGGUAAGAUCCCUGGAAUCGGCUUCUUGAAGAUCCACGCUCCCUGGAACGUUCUGUGUCGAGAGGCUGAGUUUAUGAAGCUCAAGAUGCCAACAAAAAAGGUCUAUGAAGUGAAACAAGGCGGUAACGUGGUGGAGAAGAUCCGUCUGUUCAUUCACAAAGUCACAGCUCCUCUUCACCCCAAAGUAGACGCCAACAGGCCCACAAGUGUCAAAUCUCUCUCUCACCCUUUCUCCAGAGAGAAGCAACAUCUAUUCGACCUGUCUGACCUGGACAAAUUCUUCGACAGCAAGACCAGGAGCUCAAUAGUCUAUGAGGUACUGAAGAGGACAAGAUGCAUCAGAGGAAAGUACCCCAUGGGGAUCACCAGUCUGCUCGCUAACAGCGUCUACACAUCUGCUUAUCCCCUGCAUGAUGGAGACAUCGAGGGAGUGAGUGCAGAAUCUAACGACAGGAAGCUGCUGUACGAGGAGUGGGCCAGCUACAGCGUCUUCUACAAGUACCAGCCUAUCGGACUCAUCAGAAAGUAUUUUGGGGAGAAGGUUGGAUUAUAUUUCGCCUGGUUAGGAGUGUACACUCAGAUGCUGAUCCCCGCCGCCAUUGUCGGAGUCAUUGUUUUCCUCUACGGCUGUGCCACUGUCGAUGACAACAUUCCCAGUAUGGAGAUUUGUGAUCCCAGGAAUAACAUCACCAUGUGUCCGCUGUGCGACCGAGCCUGCAGCUACUGGAAGCUGGUGACAGCAUGUGGUACGGCCCGAGCCAGCCACCUGUUCGAUAACCCCGCCACCGUCUUCUUCUCCAUCUUCAUGGCGCUCUGGGCCGUUCUCUUCAUGGAGCACUGGAAGAGACGACAAAUGAGACUCAACUAUGUCUGGGACCUGACGGGCUUCGGAGAGGAGGAAGAGGACCACAACCGAGCUGAGUACGAGAUCAGAGUCAUGGACAAGAAGAUGCGCCAGGAGAAUUCUGAAAAGGCGGAGAAGCAGAAGCUGACAUGCAUGGACAGAAUGCCGGCUUACCUGGUCGUUUUUUUCACGAUGUGCUUAAUGAUUGCCGUCACGUUUGUCAUAGUCUUCGGAGUCAUCCUGUACCGCAUAAGCAUCAAGGCAGCACUGCACAUAAGCAGCUAUCCUGUAGCUCGCUCCAACGUCAGAGCCACCGUCAAAACCACCGCCGCCAUCAUCAACCUCAUCGUCAUCAUUAUCUUAGACGAAAUCUACGGCAGUAUUGCCCGUUGGCUCACCACACUGGAGGUUCCAAAGACAGACAAGAGCUUUGAAGAGCGCCUCAUCUUCAAAACUUUCAUCUUAAAGUUUGUCAAUGCCUUCACUCCCAUCGUCUAUCUGGCCUUCUUCAGGGGCAGACUGGUCGGGCGCCCUGGAAACUACUUGUACGUCGUUGGGUCGUACAGAAUGGAGGAGUGUGCCCAUGCAGGCUGCCUCAUGGAGCUGUGCAUCCAGUUGUGCAUCACCAUGCUGGGCAAGCAGCUCAUCCAGAACAACCUGUUUGAGAUCGGCAUACCGAAGCUGAAGAAACUGCUGCGGAGAAGGAAGUCAGAUUUGGAUUCAAAAGAAGAGGAGGAGCAGAACAAAGCGCUGCAGCGCCACGAGAAAGACCACAUCCUGGGUCCUUUUGUUGGCCUCAGCCCAGAGUACAUGGAGAUGAUCAUCCAGUUUGGGAUGGUGACUCUUUUCGUGGCCUCCUUCCCUUUGGCGCCGCUCUUCGCACUUCUGAAUAACAUCAUCGAGAUCCGCCUGGACGCCAAGAAGUUUGUGAUGGAGCUGCGAAGGCCGAUAGCAGCUAAAGCCAGAGACAUUGGUAUCUGGUACAACCUCUUGAGAGGCCUCAGCAAAGUAGCAGUCAUCGUUAAUGCCUUCGUCAUCUCCUUCACCUCUGACUUCAUCCCCCGGCUCGUCUAUCAGUACGUGUACAGUCCUGACGGCACCAUGCACGGCUUCGUCAACCACACGCUGUCCUACUUCAACGUCAGCGACUUCCAGCAAGGCACAGACCCGCUCAUGCCGAUGCACCUGGGCUACAAGGUAGACAUAUGCAGAUAUAAGGACUACAGAGAGCCUCCUGGGUCCAGCACACAGUACGAACUCUCCAAGGAGUUUUGGGCCAUUCUGGCUGCACGCCUCACGUUUGUCAUCGUCUUUCAGAACGUGGUGAUGCUCAUGAGCGACUUUGUGGACUGGCUCAUCCCGGACAUCCCCAAGGACAUCAGCCUCCAGAUGCACAAGGAGAAGAUCCUCAUGGUGGAGCUCUUCAUGAAAGAGGAGCAGGGCAAGAGGCUGGCAGCGCGGGACAACCACAACCAGGACAGCUACACCUCCCCGUCGUCGGCCUAUCAGACCCCGCCGCAGCCCCGCUCACGGCCCGUGUCGUACGCAAACUACUCUUAAACCGCCGGGCUGCUGGUACUCUGAGAAAACAAGCACAAAAAGCAACAAGCAAAUGCGACACAUGUAUACAAAGUGUAAAUAUGUCAACCAGCUGAUUAAAUACAGGUGUUUAAGGUUUAGAGAGUUAACUAAAUAAUCAGCAACGCUUUGCUGCUUUUACGCGGUUUGGGAAUAUGUCAAAAAUCUAAACUUUGACAUGUUGACUCCUUCACCAUAGAGACUGCUUGUUUUCCUCUUUUCAAACCUUUUACAGUGUCAAGAUGUUACAUUUUACAGCGAGCCGCACGUUGCAUAGUCAGCCAUUAACCAAAAACGCCAGCAGAUAUUUAGACGAUAUUCAAAAGAUUUACGAUCAUUACACAUUAUUUAUUGGAUGUAUUAGAAAAGGAACAAGCCAUUUAGCGUCAUUUAGCUCGAGGGAAUCACCGCGUUGACGAGGUCUUCAUUCAGGACGUCUUGACAAAGCAGUGCCAAACCUUCAUGGGAAUCAUUUUGUUUCAAGCAGUGAGUUCAUCCCUGCAGCUCUUUCCCCAUGGAACAUGAAUCCAGGAUGUCCUCUGUCAAUCCGUCCCGAUGCUCCUGCUGAGAAGAUUGUCCUCGAGGUAUCUCACUGCAGAGAUACGCACACACAGAGAUCAUCCCUCCUGCCAUCAGUGUGUGAAAAACCCAGAUUGGACUUUUGUUGUUUGGCUUUGCACACUUAUAUACAAAUGCAGGAAUUUAUCGAUGUACUUUAAAAAAAAAAAUAAUGCAACAUGGUCGGGCACAUGUGGUCCGGUUGCUGGGAUCAAAAUCAAGGUUUUGGAACACCGUCUGUGUCAAGCGACCUGUUGAUUUGUACGAUCCUCUCGUUUGAGCACAGUAUUGCUCAUUGUUACAUUUGUUACGCUUUGAGUACGAACAAACUGCCUAACAGCGCUCAGUGCCGUUACUACUCCUGGAAGCACAAGUCACGUUUUUUAUUCCUUCCAAUGAACUGGAAUUUGUAAAGCUUAAAUUGGCGAGAUUUACAGUGUAAACACAACAUGAUGAUGUCAUGCUCCACCUGCCCCGAACAGAGAUGCUGAACUGUAGAUACUUUAAAUCCACUUCACCGUUAUGUCUGUUAAAACUUUCAGAGUUAUUUAUUACAGCUGAUUUUUGAGCCACUUGGGGGCAGCAAACGAACGACAAACUGAAAACACAACAUGAAUACAUUUUCAAAAUGGAUAUACAUCAAACUAACGGGAACAUACACAUGAAUUUCCCCCGUUUCUGCUUAUUCAGUCCAGUAUUUAUUAUUCUACUCUAUCUUUCUCAUGGCUCUUCGAUCUCCUUUUUAAUUUAAUUUGUCUGCUGUUCGCUGUUCGAGAAGUUUUAAGUACACUCAUGCUGUGUCCUAAAAUCACACACUAUACUCACUAUAUAGUGCUCAAUAUAUGGAAACACUAUUUUGUAUUGCUGUAAAAAGUAUGAGAAAGCAUUAUUAAACCCUACAUUGUGGAUUCAUUGCAUCUGACGGCCACCAACAAAGCAAUAUACACAGUACCAUCAUGCAUCACAGUGCAAAGCUUUCGCUAGCAGAAAGAGACGUGUGACGGCCCUGAGCAGUGGCGAUUCUAGAGUCUGGUGGGGCCCUAGGCAAAAAUGUAUUGGGGGGGGCCCUCCAACCAACGUUCAUCAUCAUUAUUUCUGCCAGCCGACGCUCUUUUCUAUAGACAGCUAAUUCCUCUUUAUUUUACUUCAGUAAAAGGGAGGUUUCCUUCUGUCAUUGCAAAAUUUGCAAAUUUGGAGCCGCUGCUUUGGUUUAAGUUUGUGAGCCCUCAGGGGCCCCCUACGGGUCUGGGGCCCCAAGCAGUUGCCUGCCUUGCCUGUUGACAAACAGCGCCUCUGGCUAUGAGCCGUGGCAGACCGUUAGUCUCUAUAGAAAAUCAACAAAUCUCAAAAAUAACAAAGUUGUGGAAGUGUUUCAUUAUUUAGUUAAAAUCACAGAACUUUAUAUUUCAUAUUUUAAAUAAACACAAGGCACCCUAAUGAAAGGAUAGGUGCUCAGUGAAGACAUCCCUCAUCCUAAUUAUGCUACUAUGCCCUACUGUUGAGUUUCAUAACCUGCCUGUACCCUAUGGCCCCUUCAACAACACCCAGCUGUGAUGUGAGCUCCAGGUAGUGAAAAUGCUAAAACUACCUUCCCUACUACACGGCCUCAUGUGGCCCCCACUACCCAACCGUGUAGGCUGAUGGACAGCAGGAACCGAGUGUCUAGUGGGAAACUCCCUUUACUGAUUAGUCCCAGUGACACCUCAGGGAGACAGGACAGUGAGCUCCAAGAUCCCAGAGUCACCCCCCCCCCCUCUAUGCCGGCUCUCACUGCCCACCACACCCACACGUACAACUUCUCUCUCUAAAUAUAUAUAUUUAUUUAUUUUUUUCUAAAGAUUUAUUUUGGGCUUCUUGUGUCUUUUAUUGGAGAGAGAGGACAGUGGAUAGAGUCAGAAAACCGGGAGAGUGGGGAAUGACAUGCAGGAAAGGAGCCACAGGUGGGAUUCAAACCCAGUCUGCCCGCUUGGAGGACUACAGCCUCAUAAACAUGAUUCCAAACUAAUGGUUAUGUUUCUAUCCGAGUGGAUGUUUUCAUCAUUUUAACUAAAAACUUGACGAUAUGGCAGUUUUGUGGUUUCAGUUCAUCCCCCCCCCCCCCCCCCAGACUCAGACUUUUCAAACUCAGUGUGUUGGGGAUAAUUAAGCUGUGUUAUCACCCUACGGAUGAGUUUUCAUUUGACCAAAUCCCAGUGAUUUGUGACAGAUUUUUUUCGUUGGUCACUUUUUCACAACCUAUUACCAACAUUGGCUUAUACAGCCUGGAGGGUCACUGUUUCAAGCUCCUGUGAGGAGCUUUUAAGGGGGUUAUGAAACAGACCAAAAGGAUUACUGUCGCCUCUUAAUGAGCAACGAAAGUAAACAAGACCAUCAGCAAAAUGGUUGAGUAUUUCGAUAUAGUAAUUUUUGAUGAACCUGCUGCGGCAACGUACCACUUUGUCCACAGGGGGCGCCAAAAUCAACCCAAACCUCAGGGGAGCUUUAAACACUUGGUCUUGUUGUUACUCAGCUUCAUUGUUAAAAGUGAAAAUAUUUGUAAUCAUGCAGCAAUUCGCAAUGCAAACUAUCUAGUUAGCUUAGACGGUUAGACUUAAUUGAACAUGCUGUACAUUUAAGGUGAGGCUGCAUUUAGUUUCUGUUUAAGUAUUUUAAACACGAUGUCUGUCUCAUGCAAGCGGUACAAAAUGUUGCUCAAGGACACAAAGGUGGGAGUUGAUGGGAGAGGAGACACAAUACUGACUCUGUUUACCUGCCUUGCUAUUUUCCAGUUCACAGAGAAAUUCAAACCCUCACCUUUGUGAAACCAACAACGGCUCAUUUGAGAUUUCCUUUUCUGCAGUUUUUCGUACAAAGGGCGCCAAAACGGAAAGGCCGCACUGUGUUGAUAUUAUAUUGCCUUAUAUUUGAUUACCAGGAUUACCAGGCUGAAUUCUGAAGCUAUACUCAAGCACAAAGACUGACAAAUACUUUUGUUUUUUUAAAUUUUAUGUAUGAAACUGCAAAAACACUUGUGGGAGUGACUGGGUAUCACUUUGAGGAAUGUAAAUGUACCGUGGACUGAGGUGUGGAGUCAUGUGUACAGUCUACGCUCGUCGACGUGUCCCAUCUUACGCCCUUGCUGUAAAUACAUCAAACGACCCCGCGUUGAAGCCCCGCACCAGACUGAUGGAAUGUAUCCUUACAUUUAAAGUUUCAGUGAUGUUUUAUCACUUGAGGUCAAGUUGUAUAUCAAUCAAUCAAUCAACUUUUAUUUGUAUAGCGUCAACUCAUAACAAGUGUUAUCUCGAGACACUUUACAAGAAGCAGGUAAAAGACCUUAUUUAUUGCUAUAUUACAAAAACCUAUCCGGCCUAUCCAUCAUGAGCACUUUAGCAAAGCAGCAAAAGUUACAGUGGUAAGAAGAAACUGCCUCAUUAAAAGGCAGAAAUCUUCGGCCGGAUCCCCGGCUCAUGAUGAAACAGCCUUCACAGGCCUAGACUGCACCGGGCUUGGAAAGGGAUAGGGGGAGGCAAGCUGUCCAUCAACAAUCUGGUGGGGAGGGGGGUUGUUCUGGCAUAUAUAUAUAUAUAUAUAUACAUAUAUACAUAUAUAUAUGUGUGUUUUUGUUAUUUUAUUACAAGGCAUUUCUAAGUGUUAGUCUGGUGUGUUGAAGGGGUUUUAUAUUCAGGGGAUCUAUCAAUAACACUCUAUGAUUGCUUUGAUUUUAAAUCCUUAUUUAAUGUAUAAGAAACUAUUACUAUGGACCUAUUUUGCUGUAUCUUUAAGGAUGCCUGGAAAAAAAAAAAACCUUUGAGUGACAGCCUCUAAAGACAUUUUACACAAAAGAGGUAUUUCUUUCCGGGAAAUGACAUGCCCUUCUUUUUUUUUCUCGCAAAAACUGCACAUUUUGUUUUUUCUUUAAUUCUGUUACUGAUGUGUAUGUUAGUAGGGUUAGCGUUGGUUUUCAGUGAUAGAUUACAAGCUGCCGCGGGGCUGCAAGAGCCUGUUUUAGCUAGAAGAUCUUUUGCCUCUUAUAACCUGAUGUCACAUGAUGAAGACCGUCACUCGAUCGUCUUGAUGAGAUGUCCUUCUCCUGCCGUCUGAUUCCACGUUGCAUCUGCAGCAAUCAAUAAAACAAUACAAGUUGUGACAUGCUAAUUUUUAAUGUAUGUCUUAGCACAUUUCACAACAUGUGUGUGUGUAUAUGCAUGUAUAAGCGAUUUGUCUGUCUGAUAUUUUGAGUCUAUUUUUGUUUUGGUUUGAAUCUACUGCAAAUAAACUAGAGAUGGACUGCC